UCCAGUUCUGGUUCUUUUAAUUCUGACUGUUUUAUAUCACAUUUAUAUCAUUAAUACAAUCUUUCUAAAACAGACAACAAGAGGGAGCGAAAUACAACCUGAUGUUUUGGCACAAAUGAAGGAUUACGACACAAAAAGUGAAUCACAACAUCAGGUACAUGAACCACCACAUGUUGGUGAAAAGAAACAAUUGAAGUAUGAAAUUCAUAUUGAUAAGAAAUGGAAUCACAAUAAACAGGAACUUUUUGACACAAUAAUUAAAAGUGACCCACCACUUGAUGGGAAAUAUGAACAACCAAAUGAAGUUCAUAAUUAUAACAUAGUGGAGAAAAUUGGAAAAAGCAAGCCAGAAGUCAGUGUAGAUCAGAUAAAUACUGAGACACUUGGUGAUAAGAACACAGUGUCAAAACUGAAAAAUGUUUAUUUUGCAAAAACACACAAAGCAGCGAGUACCACAAUUCAAAAUCUUCUUUUCAGGUAUGGAGAGAAAUAUAAUCUGACAUUUGCAAUGCCUUGGAAUAUCCAUCGUGCUGGAUACCCGAAUCAUUUCACUCCUGACGUCAUUAUGCCUUUAGCAAAGGGAUAUAAUGAAUAUAAUGUUUUUUGUCACCAUACUCGAUUCCACCCAAGAGUCUUAGACUUCAUGCCUCAUGACACGCUUUAUAUAGGAGCAGUGCGCAGUGUAGAGAAACAGUUUCUCUCUGGGUAUAUGUAUCAUAAAUUUUAUGAAUGCUAUGGAAUGAAAAAUGAAAAUAUUACUCAAGUUCUGGAAAUUAUGCAAGGGUAUAAACAUGGCCUGCAGUGUUCAAAAUGGAAAGUCUCCAGUCAAAGUGAACAAAUGUUUGAUUUUGGACUUCAAAUUGAAGACAUGUCAAACAUAACUAUGAUCAAAGAUUACAUACAUUAUUUAGACAGUGUUUUUGAUUUCAUAUUUGUCGCUGAUUAUUUCUAUGAAAGUCUGGUUUUGCUGGCAGAUAUUCUCAAUUUACCAUUGAGUGACAUGGUAUUCUAUCAACUAAUGCAAGUCAAGAGACAUCCAGAGUUAAGCACAAAAGACAUUUUGAUUUUGAAAAAGUGGAAUAUUGCUGAUUAUAUGCUAUAUGAUCACUUUAAUCAGUCAUUUUGGAGACGGGUGGAACUAUACGGCGAAAACAAACUAAACCAAAAAGUUGAAGCGUUAAAACAACUUCAGGAUUCAGCUCUGUUAAACUGCUUAAAAAAUCCUGAGAAUAUUUUAUGUGAACUAAUGGAGCUACAAGAACCGCAAUUUACACAUGAUUUGAAAAUGAAAAUGGUCUUUGAAGAACAUUUGAAUAUAAAAGUAGGAACUCAAAUUAAAUUCCAUACAAAAUGGCCAAGCAAACUCGGAAAGUCCUAUCCAUUUCAUUCAAAGACAUUCAAACAACUUCAUUUCAGAAACUCUAGAAUUGAAAAGCAUUAUUUAUCAGUAUUAGAGCAAAAGUAGUGGAUUUUAAAGGUUACAUUUGAAAUAUCAACACAGAUCUAAUUUCAAACACUCAAUUACCAGUAUCUCACAAUAUUUGUUUUUAU